UCCAGCUCCAUCGCCAACCUCCAAAAGCGCCAUGUCCGGCCAAUUCACCUUGCUUCAGCGUGCAGCUGAGACACGUAAUAGAGGACGUCGGUGUACCCAAGCAAGCUAAAUGCUUAGCCAAGGCGUGCUGCUGCCGCAUUAUCCGAAGCUGUAGUACUUCUCGAUGUAGAGCUUCCGCAACUUGCAACCACGCACGCGUGGCAUCUUGUACCGAAUGCGACGCUCCGUGGCCAGCAGCAGACGACGAGGAUGGCAAGUCCUGCUGCCCCCGGGUAGCCUCCCGCGCAGAGGCACCGCGCCCUGCAUCUACGUUGUGCCCCCGCCCAGCGCAAAGCGCGCGCAACCGUCGGCCGGCCCGCACCCCGAGCGCUCCAAGUUCGCCCGCAGCGUGCUCGAAGGCUCCGCCGUCGCCCUCAUCUCGCUCCUCGGCCUCGGGCUGGGCGGCUACGCCUACUCGAAAUGGUACAAGGCGACGGUGCUGGACAAGAUCGAGAAUGCCUUCAGCCGCGGCUACUCGUCGCAGGAGCGCGUGGCGCUCGGCCAGAUCGCGCUCGGCACGCAUCCCGAUGCGAUCCAGGAGAUUCUGGACAGGGAGUACUGGGUCCCGCGCGCCGAGCAGCCCGUCGUCGACGACAUACUCGGCGGCAGGGCGCGCGGGCGCUACUAUCUCAUCAUGGGCGAGCGCGGCACGGGCAAGAGAUCGCUGCUGCUCGAGGGCAUGCGCAAGGUCCACGGCGACGGCAUCGCCAUGCUGGAAGCGCACAACGACCUCGAGGUCUUCCGCGUGCGGCUCGGCAAGGCCAUCGACUUCGAGUACCACGAGGACUACAUCGGGUCGCUGUUCAGCAUCCGCGGGCCGCGGGACUCGACGCCCUUGCUCGACGUCGAGCGCGCGCUCAACCAGAUGGAGAAGGUCGCGCUCAAGAUGCGCAAGGCGCGCGGGAAGCCGCUGCUCCUGAUCAUCAACAACAUCCACCUGUUCAAGAACGACGACCAGGGCAGUCUGGCGCUGCUCGAGAUCUUGCAGCAGCGCGCCGAGAUCUGGGCCGGCAACGAUCUCGUCACCGUCGUCUUCACCUCGGACGAGCACUGGACGCUGGAAAAACUGAUCCCCCACGCCACCAACAUGCACGUCUUUAACAUCAAGGACAUACCCAAGGACACGGUCACCACGGCCCUGAAGAAGUACCGCGCGAGGAUGGGCGACGACGUCCCGCAGAGCGUCCUCGACCAGGUCUUCGCCAAAGUCGGCGGGCGGCUCAUCUUCCUGAACCAGGUCGCCAAGUCGCGCGACAUGCUCGAGACAUGCGCACACAUCAACCGCAAGGAGAAAUCCUGGUUUCUGAACCAGUGCUGGAUCCUCGGCGAGUCCAUGGACGACGACGUCGAGGAGCAGCAGAAGUUCUGCGCCGCAGCCCUCGUCCUCGCGCGCGCCCUCGUCCACCGCGAGCAGCACUCCAACCACCCUCCCUCAGCCGGCGGCGACACCUUCAAGCUCCCCGAGAUCCCCCUCCACGAGUCUCGCCAGAUCAUCACGCGCGCCGACUUUGUCCGCCAGUUCGACCACAUCAACGUCAUCCACAUCGACGCCAACGGCAUGGUGCGCGCCGACUCGGUGGCCAUGCAGAAUGCCUUCCGCGAGAUCUGCGCCGAGGAAGGCUUCGAGGAGCACCUGCGCGCGACGCUGGACCGCCUCGACGAGCUCGAGAGCCUGGCGCGCACGCGCGACGUGUGGUUCCGCGAGCCGCCGGCGAGAAGUGGCGGCGAGGUCCCCGUGCAGACGUACACUGCCAAGUUGUAA